AUGGCCGCAGCACUUAUCCUAGGGCUUGGUCUCGGUGCGCACAAGAUUCAGGAGAAGCGCGAGAAGAAGAAAGAGAAGAGGGCGUUGGAAGCGUUUGCGAAUGAGCAGCGGGAGGCGAAGUUGAGGACUGAUAGGGCUUCAAGGAUGAAGAGUGAGGAGGCUAUGGAUGGGGAGAGGCGCAGGAGUGAGAGUCUGGAAAGGGAUGAGCCCCCGCCGCCGAGUUAUGAGGAUGUUGUCGGAGAGAGUGCGCAUGGCAGAGCGAGAUAG